AUGGAGGCUAGCACUCCGCCUCUGUUGAGGCUCAACUACGACUGCCUCCUGCACGUCGCUGAGGCGGUCGCCAUUCUCGACUUCGACCUUUGGACUGAGCGCCUGGAUCACCUCAAGAACCCUUGCAGCCCAUCGGUCCUUAUGGCUCUCAAUAAACCCCGCCCGCUCAUUGCCUUCUCAAUGAUCAACAAGGAAAUCCGCGAGAAGACGUCGUUGAUCGUCUUCCGAAAUGUGUUCCUGUGCCUCGAUCUGCUCUAUCCGCGCGAAUUUCGUUGCGGUGGGGGCAUCAUGGAGCUCAACGCUGGUACCGCACGCUAUGAGAGAACCAUCCGCUGGCCAAGGGACUUGAUUGUUCAUGCCAAGUCGCUGUCACUGGAGUGCAUUUCUUACCACACCAGCGCGGACGAUCUUGAUGUGAAUGCUCGCCAGGAGGUCCUACCUCCACUCGUUCCACCUACUCUGCUUGAUCUACUCAGGACACCGCGGAUGCUCAAGCGUCUAUGCAUCAGCGAGCUUCCAAUGCGCUUGCUAAAAGACAUCAAGAUCUACGCCCGCUACCUCCGCCUCGAGCCGCUGCAACAAGUCGAAGAACUCGUCGUCUCCUUCGGUGCCGAGUACUUCAUGCGCAUUUGCCCAAACACCAGGACUCUCUAUCUCGCCGAGACCAACUGUCCGACCACAACCAGGUGGCGUGCUGGUUGGCUCCACACAUUGGGCGAAAUUCACAAAGAGUACAAAGGCCCAUUCUAUCGCUACGCGUCCGCGCUCACGAAGCUUCGCUCCUUACAGAUAGGUGUGAUGUGCUUUGCCCUCAACCUCCACAAGCUCCAUGAGCACCUUUCUGGUCUGGAACACCUUUAUCUCGAGGCCGUCAACACCGUACGUCAAGAAUAUUCGCUUGAAGGCCUCAGCAGAAUCGUCCAGGGCUUUGACAAGCUUCGCACCUUGACAGUCGACGUCUGCCCAAUAAGUAACGUCGGAGGGCACGCAGAAGAGAUUCGUGAAGGGAUGGAAAUAGACGACUGGCCGCCGCUAUUCCUAUCAGAGGAUUUUCCAGGUGCAGACUCCUGGCUCAGCCGGCGCGCCGAAGUCGCAGAAGCGUUACUGUGCGGUGGUCAUCCGGCAUUGCAGGCUGUGGAGUUGCCUGCUGAUGAUGACUGCUGCAUUUAUAACAACGCCACAACCUUCCGCUACUCGAGGUUCGUCAAGGGCGCAGGCAAGCGUAAAGUCGACUUGGAGAGAACCGUGGUUAGGUCUUCGACCAAGUUCCUGGCCCGGCACUGGCACUCUGCGGACUUCCAAUAG